AUGCCGGCCAUUCCAUUUCCUGCAUACCUGCCGGAGAGCCAGCUCGUGCAACGCAGUACAAAUAUCCACAAUGCCACUCAUUCAGGUCUAGAUGUUGUUUGCGCUUGGCCGGUCUCUGGGCAAUAUGGACCUGGAACCCGUGUUCUAUACUACGUUUUGGUGGCGGCUUGUGUAUUUGCUCGCAAAGCAGAAUGGAUUCGAAAUGCGGGUCUUGCGGCUGUACUACUCUUCCCCGCUGUCGCUGCUCUCCACGGAAUCGUCUUAGCGACCUUACAUCGAGAAGGGGCGGUUGAUAUGGAUGUCUAUGGAGCAUUUCAGUUAUGUUCAAUUGGAAUUUUAACCGCCCCGGCCACGGUCAAGCUCUCGAAAACAUACUUCAAUAACCCCGGUCGCAAUAUCAUAUUUCUCUGGACUGGGCUUAUCCUCGCGGGCCUUCUUAGCUUGACGGUAGAAUUCAUUCGUAUUGAAUCUACAAGCUGUCCAAUUGACGACCAAGCAACCAUAGAAUGGGCGGCCAAAAACCACACCUUUCCUUACAACAUGUCUCCUUCCUGUGGCAUGAUUUGUGGAGAAGAUGGACCUUUCUCCCCUUUACGACAAGGCGCGGCUGACAAUAUUUACGUGAUACCUGUGCCUCAUGCGUUAACUUUCAAUACUGCUACUCUUAUUUCUGCUGCUUGUUGUGUCCCUGCAAUCCUAUCUUUGGUGUCAACUUGGAUUAAAAUCCUUGAGUAUAAUUGGGAAACAUUUUCCUCUCGUUAUGUGAACUCGACCAAUUCAACCGAGUCGACUGAAAAGUCCGAUGAACGACCGAUCAAAGGAACAAAUGGAGCCACUCCAAAGCAGAUGAAUGGAAUUGCUGCCAGAAUCAGAGGCUGGCUGACGCUCAUUGAGAUUCCCGUCUUCGUUGCGGCGGUUCUGGCUAUUUUAGUCAAGGGCGAGAUGAACUUUUUCAGCGAACCAGUCAAUUAUCAGACUGAACCAAUUACUAGCAUCGGUCAAUGGGCCCCGAUUGUUGGUACAGGACUUGCCGCAAUCGGAUCAUUGUAUGUUCUUUUUGCCGCGACUAUGGACGCUGACGAGAGUGAGAAUGAUGAUCAAGAAAUUCGUUUGGAUGCAGAUGCCAAUGCAGACGCCAGUGAGCACAACUCGAACUGUACAGAGUAUACAAGCAGAGGCAAUAGUCCAGAGUCAUUGGACAGCAUCAGUCCCCAGCGCAGCUCUCAAAUGAUUGAUGGAAGUCCCUCUACAGAGAUAGUGAGGACAAGCACGCAAGCUUCUAUAAGCCCCAGACUCCCGCGCACAGCAACCAACCAAAGCGAAAGGUCUGUUCAUUCGGGCGGAAGGCGGAAGGUGACUCAGUAUCUUAAUUUAGCAAGUAUGAAACUUGCCGCCAAGGCACAUGAUCAAUUCCAAGAUUCAGGGUAUCACGCCAAAGGACUUUCAAGCUUUCCGGAAGUCCCAGGCGAAAUCUUUCGGAAUGAAAAUUUACCAGAGAUUCAAAGAGCCUAUUCUCCGAUCCCUCGCUCCAGGGCUAGCAGCUUUAUUGGGUCCGAGUCAUCUCAUGGAGAAGGCAGCUCACGAGUACCAUUGGAAAUUCCCCGACAUCUUUCACUACCAGGGCCACCAACUCCGACACGCCCAAUCACGAGACCCAGGCAUGCUUAUACGUUGCCAUCAAGAGGUGGGUCAUGUGCGGUUGGUGGAGGGCAUCUUGGUGACACUCUUGAUGAGGUUCCGUUUGCUCGAGACACGGGUAUAGAAACUGCUGCAGAGACAAGUAUUGCCCAUGCAAGCCGACCGUCUGCGUUGGAAGUUAGUCCCACAACUCUCACACCUAACAGCCAAGAAGCGCCGAAAAUUGUCGUUUCUUCCGAUUAA